AUAUUAUAGCAGCAGCAAAUUAUAGCAAGCACGUUUUGAAAAAAGCGUUUCACUAGUAGGCCGUCGGUUUUAGUAGGCGUUUGCUGUUCUAAGUGGAUCGUUGUGUGCCGGAUCGACAGGAAGAGCCAAGAUUGCCGCUUACGAAGAGACAAUGGACGAGGAAUCACCACUAUCGGUAGAGGCGGCCAUACAAAGGCUUUGCCAGGUACUGAUGGAACCGGAAAAUUCGCUUGAAGACGAAGAACAUUCAGACGAUAGCGAUGAUUUCGAAGGAUGCUCUACCACGUCCUACUUGGAUGAGUUCCGCGCGAAAAUGUUGGUUCUCGAGGAGAUGUACGAGUUAACUGGCGCAACUCUGAAGCUCAUCGCACUACACCGAGACCAGUCUGAUAGCCAGUUGCUCACGCUUCAGUUACUUUACACUAGGCUGAUGGGAGAGGCAAAUGAACUAAGGAAUCUUCUACAUGAAGCAGGUGAAAUGGAACAUAAGCUGAACCAAACGGAGGAUUACAUCAGCCGUUUCAAUACUGUCUGCAGCCAGAUGAAAUAAUGGACCAGAUGAAAUAAUCGUACGCUCAAUUCGAAUUUCAAUAAACGCAUAAACGCCAUC